GCAAAAAAAGAAGCAAAGAGUGCAGCACCAAAGUGAGCAAAAAAAGAGGGCUCCGAGGAAAAGAAAAAAAGGGUGAGAGCUAGGCAUUAAGCUUAGGUGUGAGUGUGCUCCAUAGAGAGAGUACAUUGAGUGAUAAAAAUUGAAUUAAUUUAUUCCGUUGCGCCAUUUUUCCAACAACUGGUAUCAGAGCUAGGCGCUACUAAUAUUCACGUAAACAAUGGAGGUGAACCAGAGCAAAAUGAUCACGCUGAAUAGUUCAAACUAUCAGUUGUGGAAGGGGAAAAUGGAAGACCUUCUUUAUGUGAAGGAAUUUCAUGAGCUUGUCUUUUCAGAGCAAAAGCCAAACAGCAUGAAGGAUGAAGAAUGGAGGCUACUCCAUAGGCGAGUGUGUGGAUUUAUCCGGCAAUGGAUUGAUGAUAGUGUGCUGAAUCAUAUCAAUGAUGAAACUGAUGCACGCACACUAUGGACAAAGUUAGAUAAGCUUUUCCGGGCGAAGACUGGGCAGAACAAAUUGUGCCAUAUAAAGAAAUUAAUGUACUCAAGGUACAAAGAUGGCACUCCCACAGCAGACCAUGUUAAUGAUUUCCUUGGCAUCAUCAAGGAGUUAGCUAAUUUGGGCAUAAACUUUGAUGAUGAAGUGAAUGGUCUGAUUCUUCUCAACACCUUGCCUGAAUCAUGGGAGAGUUUUAGAUCAACAACAAUCAACUCAUCUCCUGGUGGUCAAGUCACACUGGAAAUUGUCAAAAACAGGAUCUUUGAAGAGGAAAAAAGGAUGCGGGCACUUGGCGUCUUCUCGCAACCAGAUACUCAAGCUCUUGUCAUGGAGAAUAGAGGCAGGAGUAAAACCAGAGAACUCAGAGGACGAGGAGGCAGAUUCAUAUCAAAGUCCAAAAGUAGAGUGAAAUGCUAUCAUUGUGGCCAGUUAGGCCACAUGAAAAGGAAUUGCUACUUGUUGAAAGGAAAAGACAAGAAAAAGGUUGAAGAUAGCAAUACAACCGCUGUAGCAUCUACCAGUGGCGGUGACGUGACUCUACUAUGUGAUCGAUGGGAGUGCUGCCAUGUAGAAAACUCAGAUGCCGAGUGGAUAAUUGAUUCUGGUGCCUCUUAUCAUUGUGUUCCCAAAAGGGAAUGUUUUUCAACAUACAAAGCAGGAGACUUUGGCACCAUAAAAAUGGGAAACAAGAGUGUUUCUCAUAUUAUGGGAGUUGGUGAUAUCUGUGUCCAGACAAAUGUUGGAUUAGCUCACAUGAGUGAGAAAGGAUUGCAACUUUUGGCUAAGCAGUCCCUUAUUCCCAUGGCCAAAGGUGAAUAUGUGAAUCCUUGUGAUGUUUGCCUAUUUGGAAAGCAACACCAAGUUUCUUUUCAGAAGAAUUUGACUCGGAAGGAGAACAAGCUAGACUUGGUCUACUCUGACGUUUGUGGUCCCUUGGAGGUAGAGUCGUUUGGUGGUAAUAAAUAUUUUGUUACCUUUAUUGAUGAUGCAACUCGGAAGACUUGGGUAUACUUGUUGCAGAAUAAAAGCCAAGUUUUCAAGUAUUUCCAGCAUUACCCUGCUAUGGUGGAAAGGGAGACAAGGUUGAAGUUGAAAUGUCUCCGUACAGAUAAUGGAGGGGAGUACACCUCCAAAGAAUUCAGAGACUACUGUUCCAAGCAUGGCAUGAGGCAUGAGAAGACAGUUCCUGGCACACCACAACACAACGGUGUUGCAGAAAGGAUGAACCGUACCAUUGUGGAGAAAGUUCGAUGCAUGCUAAAAAUGGCAACUGUAUCUAAGCCAUUUUGGGGUGAGGCAGUCAACACAGCAGUGUAUCUGAUCAACCGGUUGCCUUCAGUUCCUUUGAAUUUUCAAAUCCCGGAGAAAGCUUGGACGGAAAAGGACGUUGGAUACUCUCACUUGAGAGUGUUCGGGAGUUUGGCUACAAACUAUGGGACCUAGAAAAGAAGAAAACUGU